AUGUUCCGCACCGCAGUCCUCCGUUCCGCGGCCGCCGCUACGCGCGCCAUCCGUCCCGCCGUCCAGCAGUCCGCCCCCCUCGCCCGGAGGUCCCUCGUCGCGCCCCGUUCUGCCUUCCGCGCCGCCCCCAAGGCCAUUUCCGUCCGUAUGUACUCUGCCGCCGCCGGCCUGGACAAGCAGGAGGUUGAGGGCCGUAUCAUGGCUCUGCUUCAGGGUUUCGACAAGGUCAAUGACCCGGCCAACAUUAAGCCCAACGCGCACUUCGCCAACGACCUUGGCCUGGACAGCUUGGACACCGUCGAGGUCGUCAUGGCUAUUGAGGAGGAGUUCAGCAUCGAGAUCCCCGACAAGGAUGCCGACACCAUCCACUCAAUCGACAAGGCGGUCGAGUACAUCGUUAACCAACCCGAUGCCCACUAA